CUCCUCCUCCUCUUCCCCCGCCGCCUCCUCUCCGUCUGCACAAAGAGAGCGGCAGCGAAGGCCCCGGGUUCGCCUCUAAAGGCAGCGGCUGGAAAUUUAAGGUGUCCCGCAGCCGUGCCCGCCCGCAGCCGCGCUCCCCGGGCCCAUGGGUGUCGCGGCUCCGCGCCCCGCGUGUCCCGGGCGGCCGGGCUGGCGGCGGGUGCUGAGGGGGUUGCGCUGGACUACUCAGCAGAGAAACUGAUCCCGUUGCUGUGGGGUGGGAAAGGCCGGCAGUCUGGGGAGAGAACCAUGUCUGUCCGGGAGUCGUUUAACCCAGAAAGUUACGAACUGGACAAGAGCUUCCGCCUGACCCGAUUCACUGAACUGAAAGGCACAGGCUGCAAAGUGCCGCAGGAUGUCUUACAGAAACUGCUCGAAUCUCUACAAGAAAACCAUUUUCAGGAAGAUGAACAGUUCUUGGGGGCAGUUAUGCCCAGGCUGGGAAUUGGGAUGGACACUUGUGUUAUUCCAUUAAGACAUGGAGGUUUGUCAUUGGUCCAGACAACAGAUUAUAUUUAUCCUAUUGUGGAUGACCCUUAUAUGAUGGGCCGGAUAGCGUGUGCCAAUGUCCUAAGUGACCUUUAUGCCAUGGGGGUCACAGAGUGCGACAACAUGUUGAUGCUCCUUGGAAUCAGCAAUAAAAUGACAGAUAGGGAAAGAGACAAAGUGAUGCCUCUAAUUAUCCAGGGUUUCAAAGAUGCAGCAGAAGAGGCAGGAACAUCUGUUACUGGUGGCCAAACAGUGUUAAAUCCCUGGAUUGUUUUAGGAGGAGUGGCCACGACAGUCUGUCAGCCUAAUGAAUUUAUAAUGCCAGACAAUGCAGUGCCAGGAGAUGUGCUUGUAUUAACUAAACCCUUGGGAACGCAAGUGGCUGUAGCUGUGCACCAGUGGCUAGAUAUUCCUGAAAAGUGGAAUAAAAUCAAGCUUGUGGUAACGCAAGAGGAUGUGGAACUCGCAUACCAGGAGGCAAUGAUGAACAUGGCACGGCUGAACAGAACAGCUGCUGGACUCAUGCACACUUUCAAUGCACACGCAGCUACAGACAUCACAGGAUUUGGGAUCCUGGGGCACGCACAGAACCUUGCCAAGCAGCAGCGAAACGAGGUGUCCUUUGUGAUCCACAACCUUCCUGUUCUUGCCAAGAUGGCUGCUGUCAGCAAGGCUUGUGGGAACAUGUUUGGCCUCAUGCACGGCACUUGUCCAGAGACUUCAGGAGGCCUCCUCAUCUGCUUACCACGGGAGCAGGCGGCGCGGUUCUGCGCCGAGAUCAAGUCUCCGAAAUACGGCGAAGGGCACCAGGCGUGGAUUAUCGGGAUCGUGGAGAAGGGCAACCGCACGGCCAGGAUUAUAGACAAGCCACGGAUCAUUGAGGUGGCACCGCAGGUGGCCACUCAGAACGUGAACCCCACGCCCGGUGCCACCUCUUAAUAGAGAUCAAAUAGCUGUUUGUUUUUUGAAUAGAUCUAUUCCUUUAUCAUCCUACAAUUUAAAGAACUGUAAAAAAAAAAAAAAGAAAAGAAAAGAAAACUUGUUGUGUCUGCACAUCUGGUGGCCUUAGGUCAGUUUAUGAGUGGAUACAAAUAAUAAAAUAAAAUCCAUUGCCUUUUUUUCCUGUUACAUUAACUGAAGAUGCACCUAAUCUUGAGGCAGCUUCUGAGUUGAGAAUUAUAUUGUUAUCCAAUACUGUUGAUUCAUUUUGAAUCUUUAGACACUUAUCUCUUGCCGCAUAGGCUCUUUUUAAAGGUGCUUUCACGUAGCACAGACAUUACCAGUAGUAGUGUCAAAUAGCAGUUGGUGUCCUUUCAUUAUGUGUAUAUUUAUCAUGAGUCUAAUUUUGAUGCCUUGAGUGAUAUUCCAGAAAGGCAAUAAAUUGACAAGCGACACAGUGGGUUACCCAGUAGUAAGAUGGUUGCAUGAUUGCAUUCAAUCUUCGAUUUAUUUUAUUUUUUAAUUUUUUUUUGUUUGUUUUUGUAAGGUUUAGUCUUACCAAGAGCAUCUACGACCCUGGACAUUGCUUGGUAGUGCACUCAGUUUAAACAGCAAGUGCUGACUUUUUGCAUGGAAAGCGCUUCAGAGUCGAAGGAGUAAUUUCAAAUUUCAUUAUUUGUAGAUCUGACAAUAUUUACUGUAUUAUCAAUGAUUGUUUUCUGAAUUGAUAGUAAGGACAAAUAAUUCUUUUUUUUUUUCCCUUUUGCAACGUGAUUGGAUGUGCUAUAGUGCAACAAAGGUUUUGCAGACCAAAAGGAGGUUACUGUAUAAUAUUCAUUUACAAUUCACUAUAUAAAUAACUACACAAAUAAUUUUUAAAUAUAAUCAAACUAAAAUAAACCUCUGUUCUGUGGA